AUGACAAGCAGGCCAUUUCCGUCGGCUCCUUUGGGCCUAUUGCUCAUCUCCUACAGCUUCGAUCGAAUCACCGUUGCCUGGGAUCCCCCUCUCCUCCAUAACGGCAUUCUGAAGAACUAUGUUGUCUCCGCGAAGGAGGUCAUCAACAGAAACCAAGUGCCACUCAUUCUCGUGGAGAGCACCCAUUUGGAAGCCACUAUUGAGAACCUGAAACCGAAAGUUCUGUAUAGUGUGGAAGUGGCUGCAGUGACAGAGCCCAGCAAAGAGGGCAAAGGCGGAGGCCAAGGUCCCUUCAGCAACAUGAUACAGCAGCUCCUCCCGCCAGCGCGUAAGUCUCAGCGUCAGAAUUCGCUCUCAUUGGUACCUAAUUUACAAGCAAGAUUAUUGCGCAAAGCAAGCUUUCUCUUCAAGUCAUCGGCCCAAUUUCUUUACCAUUUCUGCUCCGAUGCUUCCACCAAUUCAGGGCUUAACUGGGUCCAUAGCACAAUUCGCGAGUAUGCUGGCCAGAACCCCUUCCGAAAUGUCAUAAAUGUAAUACAUCCUCAGCACCAACGAACCAGUGGACCACCGACCAAUCUCAUCCUCACUGACCGCACUUCCACAGAAAUCGCCAUUCAAUGGAGCGAACCAUCAGUCGUGAGUACCCUUUUAACCCUUAUUUUCUGA